CAGGGACGGACGUAGGCCAAGAGAGGGGAACCAGAGAGGAACCAGAGGGGAGAGACAGAGCAGCAAGCAGUGGAUUGCUCCUUGACGACGCCAGCAUGAGCUCCUUCUCCACCAUCAGCGUGAGCUUCCUCCUUUUUCUGGCAUUCCAGCUCCCAGGUCAGACCAGAGCUAAUCCCAUGUACAAUGCCGUGUCCAACGCAGACCUGAUGGAUUUCAAGAAUUUGCUGGACCAUUUGGAAGAAAAGAUGCCUUUAGAAGAUGAGGUCGUGCCCCCACAAGUGCUCAGAGAGCAGAAUGAAGAAGCGGGGGCUGCUCUCAGCCCCCUCCCUGAGGUGCCUCCCUGGACCGGGGAUGUCAGCCCAGCCCAGAGAGAUGGGGGUGCCCUCGGGCAGGGCCCCUGGGACUCCUCCGAUCGAUCUGCCCUCUUAAAAAGCAAGCUGAGGGCGCUGCUCACUGCCCCUCGGAGCCUGCGGAGAUCCAGCUGCUUCGGGGGCAGGAUGGACAGGAUUGGAGCCCAGAGCGGACUGGGCUGUAACAGCUUCCGGUACCGAAGAUAACAGCCAGGGAGCACAAGGAGGGCUGGGCCUUGGGACAGACGGCAAGAGGUUCCUGCCCGCUGGGGUCUCUCCUGCAUUCGUGUCAUCUCGUUGUCAUGGAGUUGUGAUCAUCCCAUCCAAGCUGCAGCUUCCUGUCAACACUUCUCACAUCUUACACUAACUGUAGAUAAAGUGGUGUGAUGGUGGCUUCCUUGCCUCUCCCACCCCAUGCAUUAAAUUUUAAGGUAGAACCUCACCUGUUACUGAAAGUGGUUUGAAAGUGAAUAAACUUCAGCACCAUGGACAGAAGACAAA